UGUAAAUACGAAGCGCGUUGCGGAGCGAUGCAGCGUGGAGCCCGCGGCGCCCCGGCGCGUGCUCUCCCCGCGGCUUGCUGAAGGCGCUUUGGAAGAGGCGGCUGCAGCACCGUCCCUCCCGGGCAGGGAAAGAGAGAGCAGCGCCCCCCCCCCCUCCAGCUGCCGAGCGCUGCGGCCUGAAGACGCCCCCCGAGUGGAAGUUUAAUUACUUUGCACCCGGCCUCCCUCCUGCUCGGGUUUUCCAGCUGUCUAGUCGCAGGAUGGGGAGACGGCGCGGGCUUUGCCCGCAGCUUUAUUGCUUGUGGCUGGGCUGUGUCGUGCUGUGGGCGCAGGGAGCAGCCGGGCAGCAAAAGCAACAGCAGGUCCGGCCCGUGGGGGGAACAGACGCCAUCUACCCAGCCUCGGAGAAUCGGGAGGACGGAGCAGGGGCCGCCACCAGUCGGGUCCGCAGGAGAGGCCAGCAGGAUGUGCUCAGGGGGCCAAACGUGUGUGGCUCUAGAUUCCACUCCUACUGUUGCCCUGGAUGGAAAACGCUCCCUGGAGGAAAUCAGUGUAUUGUUCCAAUUUGUAGAAAUAGUUGUGGUGAUGGAUUUUGUUCCCGUCCUAAUAUGUGCACUUGCUCCAGUGGACAAAUAUCACCUACCUGUGGAUCAAAAUCUAUACAACAGUGCAGUAUCAGAUGCAUGAAUGGUGGUACUUGUGCAGAUGACCAAUGCCAGUGCCAGAAGGGGUACAUUGGAACUUACUGUGGACAACCUGUCUGUGAAAAUGGUUGCCAGAAUGGAGGACGUUGUAUUGGACCCAACCGCUGUGCAUGUGUGUAUGGAUUUACUGGCCCUCAGUGCGAAAGAGAUUAUAGAACAGGCCCCUGUUUCACUCAGGUCAACAACCAGAUGUGUCAGGGCCAGCUGACUGGCAUUGUUUGCACAAAGACUCUUUGUUGUGCAACCAUUGGACGUGCGUGGGGCCAUCCCUGUGAGAUGUGUCCUGCCCAGCCUCAGCCAUGUCGUCGUGGCUUCAUACCUAACAUCCGCAAUGGAGCAUGUCAAGAUGUUGAUGAAUGCCAGGCUAUACCAGGGGUCUGUUCAGGAGGAAACUGCAUUAAUACAGUUGGCUCUUAUGAAUGCAAGUGUCCUGCUGGUCACAGACAGAAUGAGGCAACUCAGAAAUGUGAAGAUAUCGAUGAGUGCAGCAUCGUUCCAGGAAUCUGCGAAGGUGGCGAAUGUUCUAACACUGUGGGAAGUUAUUUCUGCAUUUGUCCACGUGGCUAUGUCACAUCUACAGAUGGAUCCCGCUGUAUUGAUCAAAGGGCAGGCACGUGUUUCUCCAGCUUGGUGAAUGGUCGCUGUGCACAAGAACUUCCGAAUAGGUUUACCAAAAUGCAGUGCUGUUGCGAAUCUGGUCGAUGCUGGGCCAUUGGAUCUGUUCCUGAGAUAUGUCCUGUGAGAGGCUCUGAUGAAUACCGCAGACUUUGCGUAGAUGGAGUUCCUGUAGGAGGUGGUUCCAGACCUGGUGGACCAGGAGGCAAUGGAUUCCUUCCUGGUGGAAAUGGGAAUAGCUAUGGCCCAGGAGGAACUGGAUUUAUUCCCAUUCCAGGUGGCAAUGGCUUUUCCCCUGGUGUAGGAGGAGCAGGUGUUGGGACUGGUGGCCAGAGUCCCACUGGAAAUGGUGCAAUCAUUACUGGGCUGACAAUCCUCAAUCAGACAAUAGAUAUAUGUAAACACCACCCCAAUCUCUGCUUAAAUGGACGCUGCAUACCAACAAUUUCCAGUUACCGAUGUGAGUGCAACAUGGGAUAUAAGCAAGAUGCAAAUGGGGAUUGCAUAGAUGUUGAUGAGUGCACAUCAAACCCAUGCACUAAUGGAGAUUGUGUUAAUACACCUGGAUCCUAUUACUGCAAAUGCAAUGCAGGUUUCCAGAGAACACCUACCAAACAAGCUUGCAUUGAUAUUGAUGAAUGUGUACAGAAUGGCGUUCUUUGUAAAAAUGGCCGGUGUGUGAACACUGAUGGAAGUUUCCAGUGUAUUUGCAAUGCUGGGUUUGAGCUAACUACAGAUGGAAAAAACUGCGUUGAUCAUGAUGAGUGCACCACCACCAACAUGUGUUUAAAUGGGAUGUGCAUAAAUGAGGAUGGUAGCUUCAAAUGUAUCUGCAAACCAGGAUUUGUCCUGGCUCCAAAUGGGCGUUACUGUACUGAUAUUGAUGAAUGCCAGACGCCAGGAAUUUGCAUGAAUGGUCAUUGCAUCAAUACAGAAGGUUCUUUUCGGUGUGAUUGUCCACCAGGCCUGGCUGUUGGGGUUGAUGGCCGUGUUUGUGUAGAUACUCAUAUGCGCAGCACAUGCUAUGGAGGAAUCAAAAAAGGAGUGUGUGUCCGCCCUUUCCCCGGGGCAGUGACAAAAUCUGAAUGUUGCUGUGCCAAUCCAGACUAUGGCUUUGGAGAGCCAUGUCACCCAUGUCCUGCCAAGAACUCAGCUGAUUUCCAUGGCCUGUGUAGCAGUGGAGUAGGCAUUACUGUGGAUGGACGAGAUAUUAAUGAGUGUGCAUUGGAUCCUGAUAUUUGCUCCAAUGGAAUUUGUGAAAACCUACGUGGUAGCUAUCGUUGUAAUUGUAACAGUGGCUAUGAACCUGAUCCCUCUGGAAGGAACUGUGUUGACAUUGAUGAAUGUUCAGUGAACAGACUGCUGUGUGACAAUGGCCUGUGUCGAAACACACCUGGAAGCUACAGCUGUACAUGUCCAAAGGGUUAUUUAUUCAGCAGUGAGACUGACACAUGUGAAGAUAUAAAUGAAUGUGAAAUCAACCCAUGUGUCAACGGCGCCUGCAGGAACAAUCUUGGUUCUUUCAAUUGUGAGUGUUCACCUGGCAGUAAACUGGAUUCUACUGGAUUGAUUUGCAUUGAUAGUCUGAAAGGAACAUGCUGGCUGAACAUCCAAGACAGUCGCUGUGAAGUAAACAUUAAUGGUGCUACACUGAAAUCAGAAUGUUGCGCUACUUUAGGAGCUGCUUGGGGCAGCCCUUGCGAGCGAUGUGAAUUAGAUGCAGCUUGCCCAAGAGGAUUUGCCAGAGUUAAGGGAGUUACCUGUGAAGAUGUAAAUGAGUGUGAUGUUUUCCCGGGUGUUUGUCCCAAUGGACGUUGUGUUAACAGCAGAGGAUCAUUUCACUGUGAGUGUCCAGAAGGCCUGACACUCGAUGGAACAGGUCGAGUGUGUUUAGAUAUCCGAAUGGAGCAAUGUUACCUGAAGUGGGAUGAAGAUGAGUGCAUUCAGUCUGUACCUGGCAAGUUUCGUAUGGAUGCCUGCUGCUGUGCUGUUGGUGCUGCUUGGGGCUCAGACUGUGAGGAAUGUCCUAAGCCUGGCACCAAAGAAUAUGAGGCUUUGUGCCCUAGGGGACCUGGUUUUUCCAACAGGGGAGAUGUUCUAACUGGCAGGCCAUUUUAUAAAGAUAUUAAUGAAUGUAAAGUGUUCCCUGGUAUGUGUAUGAAUGGCAAAUGCAGGAACGCAAUUGGAAGUUUCAAGUGUAGAUGUAACAGCGGGUUUGCUUUAGAUAUGGAGGAAAGAAACUGUACAGACAUUGAUGAGUGUCGUAUCUCCCCGGACCUCUGUGGAAGUGGUACCUGUGUCAACACUCCAGGCAGCUUUGAAUGUGAAUGCUUUGAGGGCUAUGAGAGUGGAUUUAUGAUGAUGAAGAAUUGCAUGGACAUAGAUGAAUGUGAACGUAACCCUCUCCUUUGCAGAGGUGGCACUUGUGUGAACACAGAAGGCAGCUUUCAAUGUGACUGUCCUUUGGGACAUGAGCUAUCACCAUCACGUGAGGAUUGUGUGGAUAUAAAUGAAUGUUCAUUGAGUGAUAAUCUCUGCAGAAAUGGCAAGUGUGUGAACAUGAUUGGAACAUAUCAAUGUUCCUGUAACCCCGGAUACCAGGCCACUCCAGACAGACAAGGCUGCAUUGAUAUUGAUGAAUGUAUGAUCAUGAAUGGAGGCUGUGACACCCACUGUACUAACUCGGAGGGCAGCUAUGAAUGUAGUUGCAGUGAUGGCUAUGCUCUCAUGCCAGAUGUGAGAACAUGUGCAGAUAUUGAUGAAUGUGAAAACAGCCCAGAUAUCUGCGAUGGUGGGCAGUGUACUAAUAUUCCAGGAGAAUAUCGCUGUCUUUGUUAUGAUGGCUUCAUGGCUUCUAUGGACAUGAAAACCUGUAUUGAUGUAAAUGAAUGUGACUUGAAUUCCAACAUCUGUAUGUUUGGAGAGUGUGAGAACACCAAGGGAUCCUUCAUUUGCCACUGUCAGCUAGGAUAUUCAGUCAAGAAGGGAACCACUGGAUGCACAGAUGUGGAUGAGUGUGAGAUUGGUGCCCACAACUGUGACAUGCAUGCCUCAUGUGUUAAUGUCCCAGGAAGCUUCAAAUGCAGCUGCAGAGAGGGAUGGAAGGGAAAUGGCAUUAAAUGUAUUGAUCUUGAUGAAUGUUCUAAUGGAACCCACAAGUGUAGUGUGAAUGCUCAAUGUGUGAACACUCCUGGGUCAUACCGUUGUGCCUGUGCUGAGGGAUUCACUGGAGAUGGAUUCACUUGUUCUGAUAUUGAUGAGUGUGCAGAAAAUGUUAAUUUGUGUGAGAAUGGACAGUGCCUGAAUGUCCCUGGUGCAUAUCGAUGUGAGUGUGAAAUGGGAUUCACUCCAGCUUCAGACAGCAAAUCUUGCCAAGAUAUUGAUGAAUGCACCUUCCAGAACAUUUGUGUUUUUGGUACCUGCAAUAACUUACCAGGCAUGUUUCACUGUAUCUGCGAUGAUGGCUAUGAACUGGAUAGAACUGGAGGAAACUGUACAGAUAUUGAUGAGUGUGCUGAUCCCAUUAACUGUGUUAAUGGUCUCUGUGUGAAUACGCCUGGGAGGUAUGAGUGUAACUGCCCACCAGAUUUCCAGCUGAACCCAACUGGAGUAGGUUGUGUGGAUAAUCGUGUUGGCAAUUGUUACCUGAAGUAUGGUCCCCGAGGGGAUGGGAGCUUAUCCUGCAACACUGAAAUCGGCGUUGGAGUCAGUCGCUCCUCAUGCUGCUGCUCUUUGGGGAAGGCCUGGGGGAUCCCCUGUGAGACUUGUCCCCCUGUAAACAGCACGGAAUAUAAUACUCUGUGUCCAGGGGGUGAGGGAUUCAGACCAAAUCCCAUCACUAUUAUCUUAGAAGAUAUCGAUGAAUGCCAGGAGUUGCCAGGUCUUUGUCAAGGUGGAAACUGCAUCAAUACUUUUGGCAGCUUCCAGUGUGAAUGUCCACAAGGCUACUACCUCAGUGAAGAAACACGGAUCUGUGAAGAUAUUGAUGAGUGUGUUGCACAUCCUGGUGUCUGUGGCCCUGGGACCUGCUACAACACUCUGGGGAACUACACCUGCAUCUGUCCUCCUGAAUACAUGCAGGUGAAUGGAGGACACAAUUGCAUGGAUAUGAGAAAGAGCUUUUGCUAUAGAAGCUACAAUGGAACCUCCUGUGAGAAUGAACUGCCCUUCAAUGUGACCAAGAGGAUGUGCUGCUGCACGUACAAUGUUGGCAAAGCCUGGAACAAGCCUUGUGAGCCGUGUCCAACCCCAGGAACAGCUCAAAAUGAAGAAGGAACAACUUCCUGGAUUACAACAGCGGAAUUUAAGACCAUUUGUGGGAACAUUCCUGGCUUCACCUUUGACAUCCAUACUGGCAAAGCUGUUGAUAUUGAUGAAUGUAAGGAGAUCCCAGGGAUCUGUGCAAAUGGUGUUUGCAUUAACCAGAUUGGCAGUUUCCGCUGUGAAUGUCCCACAGGAUUCAGCUACAGUGACCUACUCUUGGUCUGUGAAGAUAUUGAUGAGUGCAGCAAUGGAGACAAUCUCUGUCAGAGAAAUGCAGACUGUAUCAACAGUCCUGGGAGUUACCGCUGUGAAUGUGCUGCAGGUUUCAAACUUUCACCUAAUGGUGCCUGUAUUGAUCGCAAUGAAUGUUUGGAAAUUCCUAAUGUUUGCAGUCAUGGCAUGUGUGUGGACAUGCAAGGAGGUUACCAGUGCAUCUGUCACAAUGGUUUUAAGGCAUCCCAAGACCAAACCAUGUGCAUGGAUGUUGAUGAAUGUGAACGCCAUCCAUGUGGAAAUGGAACUUGUAAAAACACAGUUGGAUCAUAUAACUGUCUUUGUUACCCAGGAUUUGAGCUCACUCAUAAUAAUGACUGUAUGGAUAUUGAUGAGUGCAGUUCCUUCUUUGGUCAGGUGUGCAGAAAUGGACGAUGUUUUAAUGAAAUUGGUUCUUUCAAAUGUUUAUGUAAUGAAGGAUAUGAACUUACUCCAGAUGGCAAGAAUUGCAUUGAUACUAAUGAGUGUAUGGCACUUCCUGGUGCAUGCUUUCCUGGUACUUGUCAGAACUUGGAAGGGUCAUUCAGAUGCAUCUGCCCACCAGGAUAUGAAGUGAAAAGUGAAAGCUGUAUUGAUAUUGAUGAGUGCAAUGAAGACCCCAACAUCUGUCUCUUUGGCUCCUGCACUAAUACUCCAGGAGGCUUUCAGUGCAUCUGUCCCAUAGGCUUUGUGCUGUCUGACAAUGGACGAAGGUGUUUUGAUACCCGGCAGAGCUUCUGUUUCACUAACUUUGAAAAUGGGAAAUGCUCUGUCCCAAAGGCUUUCAACACCACCAAGGCAAAAUGUUGCUGCAGUAAGAUGCCAGGAGAGGGAUGGGGUGACCCUUGUGAGCUCUGCCCCAAGGAAGAAGAAGUUGCUUUCCAGGAUUUGUGUCCCUACGGCCAUGGAACUAUCCCUGGGAUUGAUGAUACACGGGAAGAUGUCAAUGAAUGUCUUGAGAGCCCAGGCAUUUGUUCAAAUGGUCAUUGUAUCAACACUGAUGGAUCAUUCCGCUGUGAGUGCCCCAUGGGAUACAACUUAGAUUACACUGGAGUGCACUGUGUGGAUACUGAUGAAUGUUCGAUUGGCAAUCCAUGUGGAAAUGGCACAUGCACUAAUGUGAUUGGUAGUUUUGAAUGUAACUGUCAUGAAGGGUUUGAGCCAGGCCCAAUGAUGAAUUGUGAAGACAUAAAUGAGUGUGCUCAGAACCCUUUGCUGUGUGCUUUUCGGUGCAUCAACACUUACGGUUUCUAUGAAUGCACCUGUCCGGUUGGCUAUGAACUGAGAGAAGACCAAAAGAUGUGCAAAGACCUGGAUGAAUGCGCUGAAGGUCUUCAUGAUUGUGAAUCAAGAGGCAUGAUGUGCAAAAACUUGAUUGGCACCUUCAUGUGUAUCUGCCCUCCUGGAAUGACCCGUAGACCUGAUGGAGAAGGCUGCAUGGAUGAAAAUGAAUGCCGUACCAAGCCAGGUAUCUGUGAAAAUGGUCGCUGUGUGAACAUUAUUGGAAGCUACAGGUGUGAAUGUAAUGAAGGAUUCCAGUCAAGCCCAUCAGGCACUGAGUGCCUUGAUAACCGCCAAGGAUUCUGCUUUGCUGAGGUUUUACAGACAAUGUGCCAGAUGGCUUCCAGUAGCCGUAACCUUGUCACCAAGUCAGAGUGUUGCUGUGAUGGCGGACGAGGCUGGGGUAACCAGUGUGAGCUUUGUCCACUGCCAGGAACCACCCAAUAUAAGAAACUCUGUCCACAUGGACCAGGAUAUACAACAGAUGGAAGAGAUAUCGAUGAAUGUAAGGUCAUGCCAAACCUGUGUAGAAAUGGCCAGUGCAUCAACACAAUGGGUUCCUUCAGAUGCUUUUGUAAAGUUGGCUACACCACUGAAAUAAGUGGGACAUCCUGUGUAGAUCUUGAUGAAUGCUCCCAGUCACCAAAACCAUGCAACUUUAUCUGCAAGAACUCAGAAGGAAGCUACCAGUGCUCAUGUCCCCGUGGCUACAUCCUGCAAGAGGAUGGAAAGACAUGUAAAGAUCUUGAUGAAUGUCAAACCAAACAACACAACUGCCAGUUCCUCUGUGUCAACACUCUUGGGGGCUUCACAUGUAAAUGUCCACCAGGAUUCACUCAACAUCAUACUGCUUGUAUUGAUAACAAUGAGUGUGGUUCACAGCCAUCACUUUGUGGAUCAAAAGGAAUCUGUCAAAACACUCCUGGAAGUUUCAGCUGUGAGUGUCAGAGAGGCUUCUCUCUGGAUUCUACUGGAUUAAACUGUGAAGAUGUGAAUGAAUGCGAUGGAAACCAUAGGUGCCAACAUGGCUGCCAGAACAUCCUGGGUGGCUACAGAUGUGGGUGCCCACAAGGGUACAUUCAACAUUAUCAGUGGAAUCAGUGUGUUGAUGAAAAUGAAUGUACCAACCCUAAUGCUUGUGGCACCGCUUCCUGUUACAACACACUCGGAAGUUACAAGUGUGCCUGUCCAUCUGGAUUUUCUUAUGACCAGUUCUCUAGUGCAUGCCAUGAUGUGAAUGAGUGUUCCUCCACUAAAAACCCCUGCAAUUAUGGCUGUUCCAACACAGAAGGUGGUUAUCUCUGUGGCUGCCCUCCUGGAUACUACAGAGUAGGACAAGGCCAUUGUGUCUCAGGAAUGGGCUUUAACAAAGGCCAGUACCUCCCUCUGGGUGGAGAUUUAGAUGAAGAAAAUGCUUUGUCCCCUGAAGCAUGUUAUGAAUGCAAAAUCAAUGGCUACGCCAAUAAAAACAGCAGGAAGAAAAGAAGUGCGAAUGAAACGGCGCAAGCAGAGAUUGAGCAGAUUAGCUUGGAAAGCUUAGACAUUGACUCUCCUUUGAAGAUGAGGCUGAACUUCUCUGGACUUGGUAACAGAGAACAUAUUCUAGAACUCAUGCCAGCCAUACAGCCCCUUACGAACCAUGUCCGCUACAUCAUCUCCCAUGGCAAUGACUAUGGCAUCUUUCAAAUCCAUCAGAGGGAUGGACUUAGUUAUCUGCACACAGCUAAGAAAAAGUCAGUGCCUGGCACUUACACACUGGAAAUCACUAGCAUUCCUGUAUACAAGAAGAAGGAGCUAAAGAAACUGGAAGAUAGUAAUGAGGACAACUACCUCCUAGGAGAGCUUGGAGAAGUGCUCAGAAUGAGACUGUGGAUUGAACUCUAUUAGCCACCCCUUCUAGACUUAAUCCAGUUCUUGAAUCACUUCUGUUCAUCUAUUUAUCCACCUGAGCAUGUCUACUUUUCAAAAGCUUUAAGGAGUCAAUGACUUAAGAAAAAAAAAAAAUCUAUCUUUCCAUCCUGCCAAGACUGCAGAAUGACCCUUGCAGGAGGAAUGACUGACUCUGCCAUGGUCAAAAGUUUGAUUACAAAGGCAACCAUGGUUACUGUAUCCUUUAUAUAACCUCAAUUUAAAGUAUAUUAAAACUAAAGUUCAAGAGGUCAACACAUGGCACUAAAUGGCACAAAAAUGUGAACAAUUUUUCCUGUUAGCAGUCUGUAACACUUUGGGUAUUUUGCUAUAGGUGCUAAUUAAAAAAUAUAGAUGUUUAUUUAUUUUAAUAUAUGGAGAAAUUACAAACUAUGUAAACAAAAGGGAAACAUUUGUUUUUCUUUAGAUUUAUAAAUUUGAGCUAUUUUAGAGGUAUUCUUAAAAAAAUCCAGUAGAUUUGAAAAAGGCUUCCUUUUGUUUGUGUGCCAGUUGUCCAAAUACUUUAAAAAUAUAUUUCCAUGCUAUUACCAGUGCUCUUUCAGCUCUGAUACCAUCCUCUAAAAGACAUUGAAAAGUAUGCUUCAAAAACGUUGAGUAUUCACAAAAAGUUUUAAAUGACUAGAAUUACAAUAUUAGGCUCUGUAAAGAUGAUCAUAUUUCACUGCCAGUCACUAGGACUAUAUUCUGUAUCAGCCACCUGAAAUAAUGGAAGCUGAGGCACAACCACUGUAGCAAAAUACCUUGACUGCUUGUGAUACCAUUAGCAUUGCAGGCCAACCUGUACUGUAUUUCCUUCCGAUAACCUCAAGGUACCACAUAUGCUACCACAACACCUCAUUCUCACAAAAGGUGCUCUACAUACUUGCAUUACUGUAGGCAGCUGAAGAAAAAAAAAAGUCUUUCCUUUGAAAGGAACACCUGAUGUUUCACUCUGGUGCUGGCUUGGAUUAAUGGUGCAUUUACUAGGAUUGAGCUGUUUCAGGACUGCCAUAUGUGCAAACUAAUUACGCAGUGCAGACCAGGAAAAUAUAUUUGAAAUCAUUUGUUUAGAACUUUCAUUAAUACUGUAGUUAUACACCAUAUGCCUCAUUUUAUCCUAGCCUAUUUUGUAAGAAAGAUGUUUGUACAUGACAUUUAGUUUUCUUUAGCUAUUUUUUUUAAUGUUGUACCAUUCUGUGUUACAUGUAUGUCACCAUGGUGCUUUUUUUUUAUUAUUAUUAUUUUUGACAGCUGGUGCCUGUAACUCGUCAUAGAACAGAACCUCAUUAUGUGAACCGCCAAAGCACAUGCAGACUCCAGGUUUAUUUCAGUCAUAUAGCUGUGCUGACCAAAGAUUAGUUACCAGUUACACUCUGAGUUUUGGGGAAAGAGAACCCUCCUAAAUUUUAAAUCAACUGUUUGUGAGCUUUUUUUUUUAUUUGUAGGUCUGUAUCACUAUGACAACACUUUUCUUGCAAUAAAGCUUAUUUUGGGGUAGG